AUGUUUUCCCAUAAUGGCGCUCCACCGGAAAUCGUAACGCUGCCUGCACUAGUAAAAAUGGCGGAAGAAGGCAAUUCAUUUGAUGAUUUUGAGCAUAUUGAUUUUUUAAGAGACAGACAUGUACGUUUUUUCCAGAGGUGCCUUCAGGUCCUACCAGAGCGAUACGCUUCAUAUGAAACCAGCAGGUUGACAAUUGUGUUCUUUGCCCUGUCCGGACUUGAUGUUCUUGAUGCCUUGGAUGUUGUAGACAAGCCCAGCUUGACUGAGUGGAUCUACUCAUUACAGGUUUUACCAACAGAAGAUCAAUCUAAUCUUUGGCGCUGUGGCUUCCGGGGGUCAUCACACAUCGGUGUUCCAUACAAUGCCUCAAAGGGUCCUGGAACUCCUCAUCCGUAUGACAGUGGUCAUGUGGCUAUGACCUACACUGGGCUGGCCUGUCUCAUUAUUCUAGGAGAUGACCUGAGUCGGGUCAAUAAGGAGGCCUGUCUGGCAGGUUUGAAGGCUCUACAGCUGGAGGAUGGCAGCUUCUAUGCUGUGCCUGAGGGAAGUGAGAACGACAUGAGGUUUGUGUACUGCGCCGCAUGUAUCUGCUAUAUGCUGGACGACUGGUCGGGAAUGGACUGCACAAAAGCCAUCGACUACAUCAGGAGGAGCAUGUCCUAUGACAACGGCAUUGGUCAAGGAGCUGGCUUGGAGUCGCACGGUGGCUCCACAUUUUGUGCUGUCGCUACGCUUUGUCUGAUGGGUAAAUUAGAGGAGAUGUUCAGCGAGCGUGAACUGAACCGAAUACGCAGGUGGUGCAUCCUCAGACAGCAGAAUGGUUUCCAUGGACGCCCCAAUAAACCUGUGGAUACCUGUUACUCAUUCUGGGUGGGAGCAACACUGGAGCUCCUUGAUGUAUUUCAAUACACCGAUUUUGAGAAGAACCGAAACUACAUCAUGUCAACUCAAGACAGUUUGGUGGGUGGAUUUGCUAAAUGGCCCGACAGCCAUCCAGACCCUCUGCACACCUAUUUCGGCAUCUGCGGCCUGUCUCUGAUAGGUGAGCCCAGUCUGCUGAAGGUUCACCCGGCGCUGAACGUCAGUUACAGAGCCUUUGAGCGCAUGCAGCAGCUGCAGCGGACAUGGAGGGAGAGCUGCACAUGACAGCGUGACACACAUCUACACAACCACAACAGCCUCCGAAUCACGUGCAAAGACGCACCUCGUCCCUCUGAGCCCGGCUGCAUUAACUUUAGCAGUAGAUAGAAACCAAGCUGACCAUGGACCGUCUUCCGUAAUGGAGGCGGGGAGGAGGCGAUGAAUAAAUAAUUGGGUCCAGCUUCAUCUAUUAUUGAACCUGAAACUAUCAAUCGCUGCUUAAACCCAAGCACAAGGUUGUUUGGGUCCCUCGUACAUCAACAAGAUGUCUUGUUCCUCACCAACAAUUUUUUUUUUUUUUUUUUUAAAUGAGCUGCAAUCAGGUGUUUUGUUAGACGCUGGUUAGAUUCUUGAAAUGUCCAAUUUGCUCCGUUCGUUUAUUUGGUUUGCUGUCAAUAUGUUUUACUUCAACACAGAAAACUGUAUGUUAAAAUAUCUAUUCAAGCAAAAUGUCCUGCUAAAAUAAAUAUACGUUAAAGUAUUUUUUUUUGUUACAAUCACGUGAUCUCCAAUAACAUGCCACUUGUAUUUAAAACACGCUUUCGUUUCAAAAGCAAAGGUUACUGCAAUGUUUUAGUAAUGAACAGCACCCCUUGUCCUCAGUGAAUGUGCCUCAGAUAAAUAACUCGAUAAUUAAUAACUCCCCCUUCCUUGAACCCUACCCCCACAUUGCUGCAAAUUGACGUCACUUCUCGAAGAAGACACUUGAAUGUGUUUCAGCAAAAUUGGAGAAUUUAUUUUUUCUAUGCUUACAAAAAUAUCAAUGUUAGAGAUUAAAAAAACAACAAAGCCUUUGUAUGAAAUGCCAAUACUGUAAAUGACAAUUUCAGUGUGAUUAAUAAAUAACCGUCUUUCAUGUCAGCAGAUUUGAAAGGCAAUGCAUAUUUAAAAGGGAAAUAAAGUAUUGAAUU